AUGCCAGCUUCAGCGCCCUCUGGCUUGUACGGUGCACCGAUCGAGUACAUACAAGAUCGUCUUUAUCUGGCUUCUUACCAUAGCCCUCCGUCUGAGAACACUCCAUUUCCGUUUCUCGCGGCACCGCCCAAGUCGCCUAGUAAAAGGCGUGCGGGUGCAAACACCCCCUCCCGGAAGCACCAGACGGCCAAGUCUCCGGUUUAUUUCAACAUAGAUGGAUUACUCUUGUACAAUGCCUUCCAUGCAGACUUUGGUCCUCUGCACAUUGGACACCUCUACCGGUUUGCGGUGCAUUUCCAUGAGAUUUUGGGAGACCCCGAGAACACCGAUCGACCGGUUGUUCUGUGGACCAAACCAGACCCCAGAAGCCGGGCAAACGUUGCAUGUGUUGUAGCCUGCUACAUGGUUUUGAUUCAAUCCUGGCCUCCUCACCUCGCUUUGGCUCCCAUUGCGCAGGCUGACCCUCCUUAUAUGCCAUUCAGAGAUGCUGGCUACAGUCAGGCAGACUUUGUUCUCACCAUUCAGGAUGUCGUGUAUGGUGUGUGGAAAGCCAAAGAGGAAGGGCUCUGUGGACUGAAAGAUUUUAGCUUGGAAGAAUAUGAAAAGUAUGAACGAGUAGAUAUGGGUGAUUUUAACUGGAUCACCCCGAACUUCCUUGCUUUUGCGUCGCCCCAGCAUUCUCCAACUGCCGUCAUUCCUCAGAACACGGCUGAAUUUGCUGCCUUGCCUUCCACCAUCAAUCAGGUUCAGGACAGUGACUUGCCGGUCCCUUUUAAGAAUGUCCUUACGCAUUUUUCUACAAGAAACGUUGGCCUGGUUGUACGACUUAACUCUGAGCUCUACAGCCCCUCGUACUUUACCGCACUCAACAUUAAUCAUAUUGACAUGAUAUUUGAAGAUGGAACGUGCCCACCACUUCCAUUAGUGAAGCGGUUUAUCAAGAUGGCACAUGAGAUGAUCACAAUCAAAGAGAAGGGAAUUGCUAUUCACUGCAAAGCUGGUCUGGGGCGGACUGGCUGUUUAAUAGGGGCGUAUCUCAUUUACCGAUACGGAUUCACUGCGAACGAGAUUAUCGCAUUCAUGCGCUUCAUGCGCCCAGGUAUGGUCGUUGGGCCACAGCAGCAUUGGCUUCAUCUGAACCAAGGCAGUUUCCGCGAGUGGUGGUUUGAAGAUCAACUCAAGGAGAAGCUUUCCCUACCCACUCCAACCACCCCCGGACGUGUAUCUUCGAAAAGGCUGAACGGCAGCCAGACUGCAACACCACCACAUGGAAACCAAUCCAAGAGAGCUGCACUUGGUGAAAUUGACACCAACGAGAGCGUCAACAGCUACGCGGAUGAGAACCUUCCGGCCCCAACACCAGGUCAGCCAAGAAAGUCGCAUCGCAAGGACUCGAGGCAUUACCCAUACGCCCGUACCCCAUCUGCAAGUCUAGCAGGCGCCGCCAGCUCUCCAAGACGGGGCGUUUCAAAGGGCCAAUCAAGCAACCGUGUCGACAGUGAUGAAGAAUUACAAGCCCUAGUCAACCGUGUUACUUCUCCACGUACUCCCGUUUCUAGUGCCCAGCGAUCACUCAGCCAUUCCGCAACCUUAACUCCCGAGAUAGAUAUCCAUGAAGACGCCGAGAACUGGGUUGGCGACUCAGGUUCGCCAAAACCCAAGACCCCAGCCAACCCCAAGAGUGGUAGCGGGGUUUUAGGAGUAAGCAAACAGCGGUCCAAUCCAAGGAGAACUGCAGACAACCGGACCGAGACUCGUGGUGUCCGCAAGUCAAGUGGAAGAGUUGGAAGCGCCGGCAAUAUUGCCAGGGUGAAGAACAUCUAA